GGUCCGCACGGGACACAGUAAUUGUUAACACCACUGGUACACUGCUACUGCCCUGCAUGAGCUGGAGUCAGUGUUCUCAGUGUUCUCGUAUGGUCACGGUUUUGGAGUACUAGAAUCAUAAAACCUGAGCUUUUGUCACCGGAUGGUUCGUUAUUAACACUGUCAGAGGAGAUUUACCAGUACUGGGUUAUAUACUAAUCAGAAGACGUUCCACUGAGUUUCUUGGAGGAGGUUAAAUCUUUACACUUUUAGUUUGGAUAUACGUGAAUGAACAGACUUUGUGAUGGCAUUUUCAUUAGGACAUUCAGACGAUACGGCAGAGUGGAUAGAUAAAAUCUUCAGGGAGAGAAUAGUAGCACAGAUAGAACAAGCCAGAUCAGAAGCCAUUUUACAAGAUGGCGCCCGGUCAAGUGAAGACAUGGAAAACUUCAUAUAUGGAUCAGCAAAAUCUAGAGAGGAAUAUAUGGCAUUGAUAGCACAGCUUGUGAUGUCCUUGAGAGAAACAACAAAGAAACAAAGUUACGAGCCUGAAUCUGAUAACUCUAUGAAUGAACAGGUGAACGGGACAAGUAAUGGCGAUGCUACAGAGGAAGAAAGGAAGAGCUAAACAGUUAUAACAAACAAAGAACUUGUGUCUCAAGAUGUUUCUCUCUUGAUGCUGUUUGAUUUGAAACCAGUGAUGCUGUCCGCCAUCGAUAGCAAGCAUUUCAUUGGCAAUCUCAUCUCUCCAAAGGAUCUGUGCUUCAGCUUUUUCAUUAGCAAAUUAAUAAAUCUGUCACACAAUAUGAAACACUGAUCGUGAUUUCAAAGUGUUUGAUAAACUCAUUACUCGGUUGCUCAGGCUUCAAUCUGUGCCAUUGUCAUUGUGUAUACCAAAAUGCCAAUGUAUAAAUUUAAAUAUGCUGCU